UUUCCUCCUCUACCAAACAACAUCGAGGAGGAAGGAGCCAGACCGCAAAGAGCACCGGUCGGGAUGCCUGCCAUCACCAUGGAGGAAGUAGAGCGACAGCUGUUUAGAGCAAAAUCUUGGAAGGCACCUGGAGAAGACGGCCUACCAGCGGUAGUUUGGAAGAUGACCUGGCCCGCGGUUAAAAACAGGGUUCUUGACCUGUUCCAGGCGUCGCUGGAAGAGGGCAGGCUACCAAGUCAGUGGAGACAUGCAAAAAUCAUACCACUCAAAAAGCCAAACAAAGAAGACUACACCAUUGCGAAAGCUUGGAGGCCGAUUUCACUUCUCGCGACACUGGGCAAGGUCUUAGAAUCAGUGGUGGCAGAAAGGAUCUCACACGCAGUGGAAACGUACGGCCUACUCCCAACCAGUCACUUUGGAGCCCGAAAACAGCGAUCAGCGGAACAGGCACUCCUGCUCCUGCAAGAGCAAAUCUACACGGCCUGGCGUGGCCGUCGGGUCCUGAGCUUAAUCAGCUUUGAUGUCAAAGGAGCCUACAAUGGGGUCUGCAAAGAACGACUACUCCAGAGGAUGAAAGCGCGAGGCAUACCAGAAAGUCUGAUCCGGUGGGUCGAGGCCUUCUGCUCGGAACGAACAGCGACCAUUCAAAUCAAUGGGCAAGGGUCUGAGGUACAAAGCCUCCCACAGGCCGGACUACCGCAGGGCUCUCCCCUAUCGCCGAUCCUGUUCCUCUUCUUCAACGCAGACCUCGUGCAACGACAGAUCGACAGCCGCGGCGGAGCGAUUGCUUUCGUGGAUGACUUCACCGCGUGGGUGACCGGGCCAACUGCGCGAAGCAACCGGGAAGGUAUUAAGGAAAUUAUUGACGAAGCACUCGACUGGGAGAGGAGGAGUGGGGCGACAUUCGAAGCAGAUAAAACGGCCAUUAUACACUUCACCCCCAAAGCACACAAAUCAGAACAAGAGCCCUUCACCAUCAAGGGACAAGCAGUUGAACCCAAGGACCACGUCAAGAUCCUUGGAGUAGUGAUGGAUACUAGACUCAAAUACAAGGCACACAUAGCCAGGGCAGCGUCCAAGGGCCUAGAAGCAGCAAUGGAGCUUAAACGACUUAGAGGCUUAUCCCCAUCUACCGCGCGGCAGUUGUUCGCAUCAACAGUUACCCCAGUGGUGGACUAUGCCUCUAAUGUCUGGAUGCACGCUUUCAAAGAUAAGGCCAUCGGGCCCAUUAACCGGGUCCAACGGGUUGGAGCUCAAGUGAUUGUGGGAACAUUCCUCACCGUCGCAACCAGUGUGGCGGAAGCAGAGGCUCACAUCGCCUCGGCGCAAAGCCGGUUCUGGAGACGGGCAGUGAAGAUGUGGACGGACAUCCACACCCUACCGGAAACCAACCCACUCCGCAGGAACACGGAUCGUAUCAGGAAAUUCCGAAGAUUCCACCGCUCGCCGUUAUAUCAGGUGGCAGACGUGCUGAAAACUAUCGAGAUGGAAAUACUAGAAACUAUUAAUCCAUUUACAUUAGCACCAUGGGAGGAACGACUGCAGGCUGAUAUUGGACAAACCCCAGAGUCACAGGCAGAAGCCGGCGGAUCUAUGCAGAUCGCAGUCAGCAGCUCGGCACGGAAUAAGGUAGUAGGAUUUGGCGGAGUGAUUCAGAAGCAGCCGCCCAAGUACAAAAAGCCGAGACUAAAGACCUUCUCCAUCACACUUGGCGCAAGAUCGGAGCAGAACCCAUACUCGGGAGAGCUGGCAGCAAUGGCACACGCAUUGAAGACGCUACCAGUACUGAAAUCGUACAGAUUCACGCUGCUAACGAGCAAUAAAGCGGCCGCACUCACACUGGGGAACCCGCGACAACAGUCGGGCCAGGAGCACGUUUGCCUGAUAUACAAGCUGAUCAGAAGACUGCGAAAAAAUGGAAACAGGAUCACAAUCCGCUGGGUCUCCACAAGUGAGGAUAACGAAUUAUUGGGCCUCGCUAAAGUGCAAGCCAGAGCAGCAACCCAAGAGGACCCCGUGCCAUAUAUACAGCUCCCCAGAAUGAAGUCAACCACUCUUAACAUCGCACGAUCCCAACAUGACACCAGUAAAGGCCUGCCCAAGAAAGUAGGCAAACACGUGAAAAGGGUGGACGCGGCCCUCCCAGGCAAGCACACCCGACAGCUGUAUGAUCCAUUAUCAUGGAAAGAAGCGAGCGUGCUGGCCCAGCUCCGGACGGGCAUGGCAAGACUAAACGGAUACCUCUACCGAAUCAACGUUGCGCAAACGGAUCAGUGUGAAUGUGGACAAGCAAGAGAGACGGUAGAGCACUUUCUCUUUCGAUGCCAGAGAUGGACGACACAUCGGACAGAAAUGCUGCAAUGUACCAACACACACCGAGGCAACAUAUCCUUCUAUUUGGGCGGGAAGUCGCCCUCAGAUAAUCAAAACUGGAGUCCAAACUUAGAAGCGGUACGGGCGUCAAUACGGUUUGCAAUCGCCACCGGCCGACUCGACGUCGCUUAA